AUGGAUGAAAGAAACACUCAUGAUUCAGUGUUAUUUUUUUCAGGAGUUGAAAAAGUUGUCCUCAUAGAAGUGCCAGAAGAUGGAGAAAAUGUGCUGAAAGACAGCUCUGAGACAAGAUAUUACCCAGCUUUAUUGGGAAAUAUCGUUCCCACCAAUGUUGAUCCUUCAUCUGGCACUGCUGUACCCUGUUUUGUAUUUGAAAAAGUUAUACUCAUAGAGGUGCCAGGAAAUGCAGAAGGAAGCCAGGAAAACAACCAGCAGGCAAUGAAUUGCCCACCUUCAUUUGGAAAUGACAGUGACCAAGCUGCUGCCUCUUCAUCUGCUUCCAUUUCUCCUGAUUUUGAAAUGCUGGAAGAACUACAGGGCAACCUGGAAGCAAGCACUGAGACAGCAAGUCAUGCACCAUCAUUGGGAAGUGACAGUGACCCAAAUGCUUUCUCACCAACUGACUGCCUCCUUUGCAAUUUGAACAUGUGGACCAAAGGAAGAACCGGCGUGAAAAAGAGCUCUGGGAUGGCAGACUGUCCGUCUUCAGUGGAAAAUAAUAGUGAUAACGAUACUCAUUCAUUUUUGUAUAUGCCUGCGUGUUUUGGACCCAUGCCAUCUGAGACAAUGAAUGACUCAAAUCUAGUGGAAAAUGAUAGUAACCAAGAUAAUGAUUCAACACCUGUCUCCAACAACUCGGAUCAUGAAGUUUUACCUACAGAAAUGACGGCAGAAGCAGAAUCUAGCGCUGGAGAUGGCGCUGACACAGUGAACGGCACAACUGGAUUGGAGGAGUACAACAACCAAUAUUCUUCCUUUUUGUUGUCUAUUUCUCCCACUGCCAGUUUUGCAUACCUUGGUGAUCCCAAAAGAAAUGUCAAGAUGCUUAAUAUUCAUUUGUUGGCUGCACAAAGGAAGUCCAACCCUAAGCAGGCAGCCCGCUACUUGGUUCGUAAUUUGUUCCCCAAGGAAACCUUGAUUGGCAGCUCAGUGAGUGCCAAUUGCCGAGACCGCCCACGGCUUGAUCCCAAUAAAAUGGCUGCGGUGAGAGAGUUUCUGGCCACAGUUUUUCCCAACUAUGAUUUGAGUGAAUUUGGAAAAGAGUGGAAAGCCUGUAUUUCCAAUGUUGCUUCUCUGAUCCGCUAUUUAAAUUCUGAAGCCAAAAGAAGGCAGAACAAUGGUGGUGGCUGUAAGCUGCCUGGUACACCAGCGUCUGCAGAUUGGAAUGCUGGAGGGGUCAGGGUGCCCAGUGAAGGCGGCUUUCAGUUUCCUCAGAGUUUGAAUGUUCCAGAAACAAGAGAAACUGGGAAUUCUGUGCCUAACAGGAAUGGCAUUCCUGAAGAAAUGGGAAGCCUUUCCAUUAAUAAUACAAUCUACUCUACUGAAGUGCUGGAAUAUUUUGGAAAUCCAAAUAGAAAUAUACAUGUACCGUCUUCGUUAAUCCAUGCAGCAAAAUCCAAGGCUCGCCCAGAGCAGUCGGCCAGAUUCCUCAUUCGCCACCUGUUCCCAGAGGAAAUCUUGGUCAGAAGUAACGUCUAUGGAAGUAUUACGCAAGGCAUCUAUGCCCUUGACCCUAAUAGGAUUAAUGCUCUCCGAGAAUUUCUCCAAGAUGCCUACCCAGGUUUCAAUCUGUUGGAAAAUGAGUAUCAUUGGAAGCUGUGUGUGGCAGCCAUCAACAGCUAUAUCCGUGUCCUUCGCCAUGACCUCAAGAGGUUCCCAAAUAAAUCCUACCAGCUUCCAGGAUGGGGGCCAAGAGAUCCCAGCUGUAACUGAGUGAAGCCCUUGAAUGUCAACCAGCCCAUUUCUUGUUUGUUAACAUUUAUAGUGUUCUGUAAGUUUCUCAAGUUAAAAUCCCAAAGUUAGCCUCUUAUGGCAGAGUAGUUUCGCACUGAUACCUGGAGAAAUGGCAAAAUUCCUUUUCUGCCCAAAAGGGAGGCACAGUUGUGGUCGGAAUAUGUGUAAUGUGUCAUCUCCAGGGCAAGGUGACAGGUAGUGGGCAGCAUACUGAUAAAAGCCCGUGACUGAGGAAACAGUGUGAAACUGCCAGCAGUGGUUUUCAUUGCUGUUGGAGUGUAGGCUGAGAAAAGUGUGCUAAGCACUCAGGCAGCAUGUGAGCAUUUGUGAAGUGCAUGCAAGUAAGCAGGCAGAGAGCUGUAGUUACAGAGGCAACCCAUAAAGCAAAGUGGCUUGCAUGGAGUAUAUCCCUAGUGUUUGCCAAGUGAAUCUAGCUACAGAGCUCUAGAUCUCAACUCACCCGCUUUCAAAGGGAGAGAGGGUUUCCACAGGGCCAAAACCUGUCUACCUCCUUUGUAGGGUCUACAUCACCAUGCUCAAUCUAAGCUGUCGAGAGAGGAUACCUGUGUCCUUUUGAUUUAUUCCUACAAGAACAGCAUUCUUUUUCUUACCUCAUGAUAACAUUACUCAGGGUACGUGAAUACAGAUAUGGUUUUGGUGCCAUUGAAGUAAUAUAAACUUAAGAAUACAUUACUAUGAAUAGAAAAAAUCUGACCAAAUUCAGACAUUAACAUUAUUUGUGGUUUCUGAAAUGUCUGAGUGAAGGUUUUAAUGUAUUUGCAUUUUUGAUAGAUUGAACUAGUUGAAAUACUUAAACAUUUGAAUCUUAGAAAGUUUAAAUAAAAAACAUGAUCUGAACUUCAAUUGUAAAAAAGUAGCCUUAAAGGGUGUUGGCAGAAUGAUUAGGUAAUUAAGAAAAAACAGUUUCAUUUUGUUCAUGAAUAGGAUUUUCUUUUUGACCAAGGUUUUGCAUGUCUUUUUAGCCAUGUGAAAUAUUGUUAAAAUUUCAUUGUCUGAAAUUUUGUAUUUAGGACACACUUUGUCAGUUGUAAUAUCAUCUUUCAGCUUUCAACCCAGCAAACAGUCCUCAGUUACAUUUGCUUUGCAGCAUUCUUAGUUAUUGUUCAGAAAGUAAAUCUGCUCCUUGCAAGUGUACAGCCCUUAGUUGUGGCCAUUUGCUUGUGAGCCAUGGCUAUCUUAGUUAAGUGGUAUUAACAUCAGAGGUCUUAUAGUAGAGCAAGAAAUUUAAAAGGAAGUAAUGGCAGUCCGUCAAAAAAUAUAAUUUGUGUGAAAAUUGGCAAGUUAUUUUUUCCAUGACUUGAAAUAGUUUAAGCUACUUUCAUGGGACCAAUUUGUAAAAUGGACACAUAUUUUCAUAUGUGAUUAUAUCUUUUAAAAGUUAAAUUCAGCUUUUAGAGUAUUUUAGUGGCAUAUGAGUCUAUACUCACAUAGUUUUGUAGAAGAAAAGUUAUAAAAUGUAAAGAUUCUUCUAUAGGUAACAUGCCAUAGUAGUUGCCUUUAUGGUAUUAUUUCUAAAUAACAUCUGGUCUUAAAAAGUAGAUAAUUCAAAAAAUCUUCCAUAGAGAGAAUAAAAAGGUUUUGACCAGAGUUAUUUAGAUGAAUUCAUUUAGGAUAAUCUUUGGCUUCACCACUCAGGUUCACAGGUAAUUUUUUUGCAAACUGAUAAUAGAACCAAAACAGCACAUUGUACCUCAAAAUAUAUACAAUCAUUAUUCACCAACCAAAAAUUUAUAAAAUAAUAUUAUCUCCUAGGCAGAAAUAAAUUUCACAUUGUAUAUUCAGAUUUCAAGUUUGAUUCAAAUUAUAUAGGAUUUGAAAUAUUCUCUGGACUAAUAACCAGUCUACAAAAACAAAACAUAUAUUUACAAAAGUUUUCCAAGACUUAUCUGGUUAACAUUAUUAUGUUGGUUGCUUAUAUGAGGGACUUCAAAAAGUACAUGGAAAAUGGAAUUAAAAGAUAAGUUUAUUUUGAUACAAAAAUUUUUGAAAUUAUGAAGUUUUUUCACAAACUUCCUGAAGAUCCUUUGUGUGAGUAGUUUACAGCAGCCCUGUCCAGUGGAACUUUCCACAAUGAGAGAAAUGUAAAUAAGCACAGAAAAGAAGUUUGCACUGUUCCCUGUGGUCCGUACUAGGCACACGUGGCCACUGAGCACCUGAACUGUGGCUAAUUAGGCAGAGGAGCAAAGCUUGAAAUUUGAUCGCUAAACUUUUACUUAAUUAAAAUUCGAAGAUAAAUAAUCACAGGUGGAUAAUGGCUAUGUUAGAUGACCCAGUUUAGAAUUCACUUUAUUUUUUUAAAAGUAUUGAAGAUGGUUCCCAUGGUUUGGAUCAUAAUGUAUAUCACUUCUUUAAAAUCACAUUUGAUUAGGCAAAGUAAAUUUUGUUGGGAUGUGUUUCAUGUUUUAUUUUAAACUAAAUUGAACCUUUUCUUUAUUCAGAAUCUCUCAAUUUAAUUGUUAUUGUAUUAGUCCAAUGUUAAACAUUUUAAAUGCUUGUCCAUAAGACUUGUUUUUGCUGAAAACAUUUAUCUUUAAUAUUGUUAUUUUCCAAAUAAA